AUGAUAUUGCUGUAUGAGCUGCAGAAGCGUCUGGCCAAUCUAAGGCCCACCACUACGAUUGUGACCACACCCACCGGCGCUCGUUACAUUGAACGGCGCAGAUCCUCAACCGGUGACGACACAACGGCUAGCAGUCCAGAACAGCUGGAAGCACGCCAAUAUGGAUUCGUUGUGGAUACUAAACCCGACGCCGUUCCAGCAUGCAUUUUGAGCGAAUUCCUUUAUUUAGGCUCCCAGGACGCCGUUACUCCGGAAAACGUCUUAAAGUAUAAAUUAACGCACAUAUUAAGCGUUGGUAUUGAAAUACCCAUCGUUGAGCUACCGCCAACGGUUAAGUGCAAGCAUUUGCCAUGCCUGGAUCUGCCCGAAACGAAUAUACUGCAAUAUGUGCUGCCCGUUGCCAUAAACUUCAUAGAGGAGGCGUACGCCGUAAAGGGAUGUGUGCUGGUACAUUGCAAUGCGGGCGUAUCGCGCUCCGCUGCAGUUGUCAUCGGUUAUCUAAUGCAGCGACGUGACAUGUCCUUCGAGGAGGCCUACAAUCUUGUAAAGUCGUGGCGACCAUGCAUUCAGCCAAACACCGGAUUCAUGCAGCAGUUGAAAAAAUUUCAUAACACAUAGUUCAAUAGUUGGUAAUACUGUCAGUUAAAGCAAUAUUUGUUUAAUUAAUAACUUAUUUGUGGUGUA